AUGCCUAUACCGACACCUAGCUCUACGGCGAAGCCCCGCAGCCUGCUCAGUAGACACAAAAGCACCAAUGCCCGGUCGGAACGUCCCGGACAACCGACUUUGGACGCCAGCCGGGCGCUCACACGAUCAGACUCUCAGAACACGGCCCUGGGAGAAGCAAAUGGUGAAACUCCGAGCCGACGGAGCUUCUUACCCCAGCGAGGUUUGCCAAGAGCUGUUCCGAGAGCGAAAGGCGUAACUGAAGCCGAACCUGCUCAAGAUGCCACAGGCUCCAACGCCACAGCGAAUGGCGUAACGGCACAGCAAGCGAACGCAGGAGACGCAAAGCAGACUCGGCCUAGGCCGCGAUCACUGUACCAAACACGAGCUUCCCAGCAAGACACUGUUGUCUCACAUUCAUCACGUCCCACGGAUGCGAAUAGGCUGCCAGUUUCAGCAGGGCUGAGCCGAACGCAGUCCCUUAAGCGACCCAGCGUUGCAUCGCAAGCCAUGCCACCACCGAGCCGACCACUCCACAGUCGUACGCAGUCGACGAGCACGCCGAUUGGCGCUCGCAAGGAGACGGGAGAAGCUGAUAAUCCCGCACCCCGCGUGGAAAGACCGAAAUCGUUAGCGAUGGUGUCGGGUCACACUAGGUCCUUGAGCAACGCUCCUACAGAGACUGCUCCUGGUAUCAGCCGAGCCUCUGCUCGCCAAGAUGGGUUGACGCGCUCCGCUAGCACCAGAGCUAAGCUUGGGCAACCACAUGGUCGCGCAACAGCCAGCACAUCCAGGCAACCCGAAGAUCCUGUUCAGGCGAAAGAACCGCGUGAAGCUCUGAACCAAGAGCCCAGGAAGCUUGUGCGUCCUGCCUUUUCAACUUUACAACAACAUUUUACUCCUAGGAAAACUGGCAAAGCACCCACUUCUACCUUCAUCCAUGCUCCGGAACCUGUGAAUCAUGUUCUUCCCCCAGAGAUUGUCGCUCUUCAGAGUGAACUGCUACAACUACAUUUGUUACAUGCACCAUCAGCCUUGUCCAUGAGACAGUGGGAAGUGAGCGCUCAAAAGGCCUUGCGGUCAAAGUUCGACGAGGUUGCAAGCCUAAAUCAGAUCAUGCAGGAAAAGGAACGUUUUGGUCAGGAGCAGAAGAACGUUCUCGCUCUUCGUGAAUGGAACGGAUCCAAUGCUAUUUCUGGCCUCGCUGCCCACAUCCAAGCAUUGUCCGCCCCUUUACACGAGCUACCAUCACUUUUAGAUCCUGGAGGUCGCUUCUUCUAUCUCGUGGAAGCUUUCAGCAAGUGGUUGUCCCGCGCGGAUCAAGUUUGGUCUGACCGUGAUGGCUCUGGCGGACACGGAAGCGCAAUGCAAUCUCUUGCAGGAUUAGGAGAUACUUGGAAGGAAGAGCAUGCAGCCAUGAUGCGCAAACUGACGGCUUUCUCUCGGCACCUAGACGGCCUACCGCCAACUGUACCGGGAUCGAGCAUUGCAUAUAUCGUAACCAGGUGUCAGGCUCUAAUCGAAGGGCUGUUGAGCGAGCUACAGGUCAUGCAGGCAACGGAAGCUGAUGCCGUAUCCAGAGAGGAGCAUUGGGUGGAGCAACGGCUGCGAACAAUCGCUCAGGACGUUGACGUAGACUCGGAGACUGACGAGGAGGCGUGGCGGUUGUACUGA